GAGUAAGCGUCAUAGUUCGUCUAGCUGAGCUAGUGGUAGGACGUGACUCACAGAUGGCCGACCAACAACCCACAAUAUCUUUUACGAAAGGGGACGCCAAGCGCACCAAUGGGGAAGUGGACACCAAGAUACCCACCUACAAUAGGGCACCGCCCAGGCAUCGGAGCACCGGGGACGCUAUGAAGAGUUUCUGGUGGAACCCCGAGAAGAGGGAAUUCCUUGGAAGAACUGGGGUGUCCUGGGGGAAGAUCGGGUUGUUCUACUUAGUGUUCUACUCAUUCCUGGCCGCCUUUUUCGCCGCCUGCAUGGCUGCCUUCUACACCACCCUCGACACUGAACACACACCCAAAUACACGGGUGAUGAGUCUCUUCUAGCUAACCCCGGUUUGGGAAUACGGCCACGGACUAACUUAGAAGAGAACCACCCUGUCAUCAUCUAUUCACCCUCGGGCAGCUUUUCUUAUGGAGACUACAUCGACUCCAUCGACGAUUUCUUUAAAACCUAUAACAACAGAAGUGACCUUCAGAGCAAGUAUAUCAACUGUAAAGAGGAUGAUCAUAUAAUCACUGGCGAAAUCUGUGACUUUGACUUGGGCAUGACCAAGACCAGCUGUACUCAGGAGGACAACUGGGGGUACACCACCAACUCUCCCUGCAUCUUACUCAAACUUAACAAGAUGAUAGGGUGGUUACCUCACCCAACGAAACAUUUUAGCAGUUUACCACAGGGUCUCCAGGACCACAUCAACAGCCUCAAUGAUACCAACGCUCUCUCCAAAAAUGUGUGGGUGUGGUGUGAGAGUCAGGAGGUGGAGAUAGAGCAGCCAGCCCCAGGUCUCCCGCUCUCAUUUUUCCCCUACACUAACCAGCCUGGCUACCUCGCCCCGUUCGUCAUGGUUCGCCUCAUCGACGUCCCACUUGAGGUGGAUGUCAAGGUGAAAUGUCGUGCCUGGGCUGACAACAUCUUGCCUAGGAUGAACCGUCGCGCCUUAGGCCAACUUGACAUCGACAUCAAACUCCAUUAGAACAUCACGGAGGAAUUUAAAACUAUCUGCUGGAUAAUGAACCACUUUCUGCCAUUUUUUUUAGUGUAUCUAUGUUUUAUGCCAGUACCUCUUAAUAAGCCUACGGUAUUAAUGAUGGAGUGAGUGAAGCCAGUGGUUGACAAGGAACUCUGUGCUGUCAUGUUUACCACAGUAGAGCAAAGUGUUCACAUGGCCUUGUUUUAUGUGAGUGUAACUUUUUACUAAUACAGUAGGUGUGUUUUGUAUAAAUGCACAGAUAAUAAACCAACAUGGAUUUACAACAAA